CGCACGCGAUCUUUCUUCUUUUUUUUUCUUCCCCUACCCUGUAUUUCUCGUCUCGAGCUGCUCACGGUCCAUCCAAAGCCCGCACCAUGACCAUGCUUGGCCGCCUGUGGACUCUAUUCUGCAUCCGCGUGUGCUUUUACGCGAGCUUCGGAUUAGCGCAGAGCGCCAGAGAGGUGAUCCUGCUGGACUCGAAGGCACAGCAGACUGAGAUGGAGUGGGUAGCAUCUCCUCCGAACGGGUGGGAAGAGAUCAGCGGGAUGGACGAGAACUUCAUCCCCAUUCGCACGUAUCAGGUGUGCCAGGUGAUGGAACCGAAUCAAAACAAUUGGCUUCGGACUAACUGGAUCGAAAAAGGUGAUGCUCAGAGGAUUUUCGUGGAGCUGAAAUUCACACUACGGGACUGUAAUAGCCUGCCUGGUGUGGUAGGAUCUUGCAAGGAAACGUUCAACUUGCACUACCAGGAGACGGACGCUGAGAUGGGUAGGAAUAUCCGCGAGAGCCAGUACCAGAAAAUAGACACUAUCGCGGCGGACGAGAGCUUCACACAGGGCGAUCUGGGUGAGAGGAAAAUGAAGCUGAACACGGAGGUGCGGAUCAUCGGGCCUCUUUCACGCAGAGGUUUCUACUUGGCCUUCCAGGACGUCGGAGCAUGCAUCGCUCUCGUCUCGGUCAAAGUUUACUACAAGAAGUGCUGGUCCAUCAUUGAGAACCUGGCCACGUUCCCGGACACAGUAACGGGAUCAGAGUUUUCCUCACUCGUUGAGGUCGAGGGAACGUGCGUCAGCGACGCCGAGGAAGAGGCCGACAACUCUCCCAAGAUGCACUGCAGCGCCGAGGGCGAGUGGCUUGUGCCGAUCGGAAAGUGCAUCUGCAAGGCCGGGUUUCAUCAGAAAGGGGACUCGUGUGAACCUUGUGGCCGUGGUUUCUACAAGUCUUCAUCGCAGGACCUGCAGUGCUCGCGCUGUCCUGCCCACAGCUAUAACGACAGAGAAGGAUCCUGGAAGUGCGAAUGCGAGGACGGUUACUACCGAGCGCCGUCAGACUCUCCGUCCUUCGCCUGCACAAGACCUCCUUCGGCUCCACAGAAUCUGGUCUACAAUAUCAACCAGACCACCGUAACCCUUGAAUGGAACCCUCCGGCCGACUCUGGCGGCCGCGAUGACCUCACCUACCGGAUCAUAUGCAGGAGGUGCAGCUGGGAACCGGAGGAGUGCAUGCCGUGCGGAGGGAACGUGGCGUACACGCCACAGCAGAGCGGUCUCAUGGAAACUUCCAUCACUAUCAGCGAGCUGCUGCCGCACGCCAACUACACUUUUGAAGUGGAAGCCGUUAACGGAGUCUCGGACCUGAGCCGAACUCAGAGACUCUUUGCUGCCGUCAGCAUCGCCACCAGUCAGGCUGCUCCGUCUCAGGUCAGCGAGGUGAUAAAGGAACGCGUACAGGAGCACAGCAUCCAGCUGUCAUGGCAGGAACCCGAGCAGCCCAAUGGAGUCAUCACCGAAUAUGAGAUCAAGUACUAUGAGAAGGACCAAAAGGAUCGCAUCUACUCGACAGUCAAGUCCAAGUUCACGUCGGCUACGGUGAACAACCUGAGGCCCAGCACGGCGUACGUCUUCCAGAUCCGAGCGUUCACCUCGGCCGGGUACGGCAUGUUCAGCCCCAGGCUCGAGGUCACCACCAAGGACGAGUCGUCAGGAGCCGCCACAAUUGUUUCGAGCGAGCAGAACCCAGUCAUCAUCAUCGCCGUGGUCGCAGUAGCCGGCACCAUCAUCCUGGUGUUUAUGGUGUUCGGCUUCAUCAUCGGGAGAAGGCACUGCGGCUACAGUAAAGCAGACCAGGAAGGAGAUGAAGAGCUUUACUUCCAAUUCAAAUUUCCAGGCACCAAAACCUACAUUGAUCCUGAAACCUAUGAAGACCCCAACAGGGCUGUGCAUCAAUUUGCCAAGGAACUGGAUGCCUCGUGUAUUAAGAUCGAAAGGGUUAUUGGUGCAGGAGAGUUUGGUGAAGUGUGCAGCGGCCGCCUGAAGCUUCCUGGGAAGAGGGAUGUUCCUGUGGCCAUCAAAACUCUAAAAGUAGGCUACACCGAGAAGCAAAGGCGGGACUUCCUGUGUGAAGCGAGCAUCAUGGGACAGUUUGAUCAUCCUAAUGUGGUCCAUCUAGAAGGUGUGGUCACCAGAGGGAAGCCGGUCAUGAUCGUCAUCGAGUACAUGGAGAACGGCGCGUUAGACGCCUUCCUCAGGAAACAUGACGGUCAGUUCACGGUGAUCCAGCUGGUCGGUAUGCUGCGCGGAAUCGCCGCCGGGAUGCGCUACCUCUCGGACAUGGGCUACGUGCACCGUGACCUGGCGGCGCGCAACAUCCUGGUCAACAGCAACCUUGUCUGUAAAGUGUCCGACUUCGGGCUGUCCAGAGUGAUUGACGAUGACCCUGAGGCUGUCUACACUACCACCGGGAAGAUGCAGGCUGUAAUGAAUUUGAUGUUUACCCCAGCCAUUGACCUGCAUUUUACUGAACAGGGCGGAAAGAUCCCGGUUCGAUGGACAGCCAUGGAAGCCAUCCAGUACCGUAAAUUCACGUCAGCUAGCGAUGUGUGGAGUUACGGCAUUGUCAUGUGGGAGGUCAUGUCUUAUGGUGAACGGCCGUACUGGGACAUGUCCAAUCAAGACGUCAUCAAGGCUAUUGAGGAAGGGUACCGUCUUCCAGCACCCAUGGACUGCCCUCCAGGACUUCACCAGCUUAUGCUGGACUGCUGGCAGAAGGAGCGUGCAGACCGGCCCAAAUUCGACCAGAUAGUCGCCAUUUUAGACAAAAUGAUCCGCAACCCUAGCACACUGAAAACGCCAGUGGGAACAUGUACGAGACCCAUCAGUCCGCUGCUGGACCAAAGCCCGCCAGACUUCAGCUCGUUCCGCUCAGUGAACGAGUGGUUGGAAGCCAUUAAGAUGGAGAGAUACAAAGACAACUUCACAGCAGCUGGCUACAGCUCACUCGAGUCCAUCGCGAGGAUGACUAUCGAGGACGUGAUGAAUUUGGGAAUCUCACUCGUGGGCCAUCAGAAGAAAGUCAUGAGCAGUAUACAGACUAUGAGAGCUCAGAUGUUUCACCUGCACGGAACGGGGGUCCAGGUGUGACGGACGGUCAGCCGGGAACUUAGAAGAUAUACAAUAAAUAACACUAAUAAAAACCACACGACGUCUCUCUCGAUACGAUGACUCUUCCAGAAGCUGCGGAGACAAGGACUUCUUCGUUUCUUCGUCCUCUGGUGAAGGAUGUUAAGCGAAGGUGCUGAAACAAUGUACAUGCGAAAGGAAAAACGAAAGGAGAGAAUACUACCUGGAAACACGUCAGUGGAGAGACAGAGCGUUUUCUAGCAAUUUGAUGCUUUUUAACCAUUUUUUUUUCCUGCUCAUUGUUGGUAUGGACUUCAUUAGAAUAUGGAUAUUUUUUACAAAUAUAACGGACAAGAAAUGCACAAAGUUAGAAAUUCAAUCAGUACAAAAAAAUAAAAAAUCCUGAUACUCUCCAAUGGGGACAUUUACAACUUUAACCAACGUCAAUUUCCCCAAUUCCUUUAAGUUUGACAGUUUGCCUUAUUGGAUUUUAAAGUGGAUUUGACAACAGGGUAAAAUGUUGCCACCGUAGGCAGCAGGGCAGAAGCACGGACCUCAUUGUGGACGUAACCUCAGCUUCUUCGCUCACAGUGUGAGUCUGGACCUCGCAGUGUUUUUUUUUUCUUUCUUACUUCAUCCGACUCCUCCGCAUUUGCAAUCUCAUGGGAGUAUCUUUGCGAGUUUGCGUUCCCGGUGUACGGAUGGCCGAGUUUUACGACACGGCAGAAAGUUAAGAACUUCAAGAACCACUUCUUGACAACAACCUCUAUAGUUUCACUAUUAUUGUUUUUUUUUUUUUAAACACUUGAAUGCAUCUUAUUUGAUUUCCCCAUUCUGUUUGCCUGCUUUUCUUUUCCUGUUAUUCCUUUUCAUGAGGCGUCUCAACGUAGAUAGCACUAUCGAAGACAGUAUUUAAUAUAAAAACGGUUCAAUCUAAAGUUAAUUGUUUGUUUGGUUUGCAAUUUUUUUUUUUUCCAGAUGUUGCAAAUAUUUUAUAUUUCCUCAAUCCAGUCCAGUCAGUUCUAAGUUAAACUGAUAUUACCUUAAAACCUUAGAGACAAAUAUAGACUUGAGGUACUUCUUUGGAAUGAAUAAUUCUCAAUCUGUUUCGUAAUUAUUACUGUUUUGUUUUUUUCUUUCGCAGAAUGAGCUCGCUCACUUGUGGGAACUAGACGGUAGAAGUCGAUAUAGACAGAAGGUCAUAUAUGAAUAUAAAUAUAUAUGAGUCUGGAAGAGACGGAUCAAUCAGAGCAAUAAUUACCGAGAUGGUUCUUCUUCUUCUUUUUCUUCUUCUUCUUUGUGAUAUUAAGGUGCUACUGUAGAUUUUUACCAUUUCUCUCGUCAGCUAAUCACAGCAGAACUCAGCAAAUGGGAAAGAUGUUGGAGAGAGAGAGAGAGAGAGAGAGAGAUUUAUAUAUGCGUUUCCUCUUUUCUGGGCUGCGGGGACAUCAAAAUACCACAAGAAUGUACUUUUGUGUGUGUGUGUGUGUGUCUUCCUUCUUGAUUAGAGAGCUCAAAGAUAAAGGAAUUCGUUUUGGCAAACGUGCGAUUCAAGCCGAUUUCAGUGGCAUCCCACACCGGUCGGUGUUGGGAUCGUUCGGUAUCACAAACAGAUCAGUUUCAUUUAUUUAUUUGAUUUUAUGGCUGCUCUAAAAUAACACAGGAAGAAUAACAGUACUAAAAUGGUUAUAAACUUGUAAAAUGGGUUUUUAUUAGUUUGGGGUUUGGCACAGUACAAAAAGAAAAAUAUAUAAAGAAAUAAAUAAAUAAUUGAAAAACACUUGUAGUGUAUGGUCCAGAUGUUAAUUUUAAAAAGUCAUUAACUAAAUAACAUGAACAGUGUAUUCUGGUAUGAAAGCCUUUACCCCAGGUUUUGUGUGUGUGUGUUUGUGUGUGUGUGCGCGCUCUUGGAUUAGAUGAUGCCCCUAUCUCCGCUCCAUUGCGCUGGCCUCAGCACUGGAUCGUCUCCAGCCCUUUUUGUUUCCCCAAUCGAAUGCGAGUGGAAAGGCUUUCGGUCAGCACAAACCUCUCUGGCUCUCAUGCAAGCAGCGUAUUUUCGCCUCGCAAAUUGUAAACACUUGCAUCGUUCCCUCCUCUCAUCUCUCUCUCUCUCUCUCUCUCUCUCUCUCUCUCUCUCUCUCUCUCUCUCUCUCUCUGAGCUCUCUUCAGCCUUUAGGGACAGCCAAUUUGAGAUUAACGCCAGGGUUCAAUCGAUCCUCACUGGAGGCCAUCGUGACACUUCAAUGACAUAUCUGCUGUACUGUUUAAAGCCUGACAGUAGGAUGCGGGUUCGGUUUGUUGAAUCUAGUGUGUCUUUUAGAAAUAUUUCAAAUAUUUAAAUGCAUACGAACGACCCCCCGAUUCGAAUAAAAAAUUCUUAUUUUGGAAGAUUCCAAAGACGUCAGCACUGUUGAUUGUGUCUGGUUGGAGGGAAACUUUGUAUAUGAUCUGAUUGUAAAACUUGUACAUUUUUUUUAUUUAUAUUCUUUCUUUUUUUUUUUUUUUCCUUUAUUUUUUACACCUUUUCCUCCGUAGUGAGCUCGGAAUUCAUUGAAAAUGCACUAUAUUUUUCUAUACCGCUUGCAAAUGUUUUAGUUCACCCGGAUGUACAUAAUUUCUCAUGUAGGACCAAAGACGGCCAAUAACUUUCCAUUUAAGGUGUUUUCCUUUUCUUCCCUGUCUUUUCAGUUCGAAUGUACAGUAAAAUAAAUCGUCUGUUUAUUACAAUUUAAUAUUUAUUUUAUUCCCGAGACAUGACAUGGCAGGAUGGAGAGUUUGAGUCAUUGGUUCAAAAAAAAAAAAAAAAAAGAAGAAAAAAAAAAAAAGCAUUUUCCCCAACUGCAGAUCUGUAAAAUCAUUUUAUCUCGAUUAUUUCUUGUUACAUAGAACGUUUUCAUUUCCUGUUGUUUUUUUUUUUUGUUUGUUUUUUUCUUUGUAACCUUUGUAAUAGA